AUGACUGAUCAACGCCAACUCGUUCCGCGUCCUUCGCCAAAUUUUUACCAUAACGGUAUACACCAUGAAGAGGCUAAACCUUCGUCUUCGGCGACGUCUGCUUCGGCUUCGAGUUCGGGUUCUUCGUGGAAGAGUAGGGUUUCUACUGCUUGUCUUGCUUGCAAAAAGUCUAAGCGGAAGUGCUCUGGAACCCCACCCUGCGAAAACUGCCGCACCUUCCAAAGAGUCUGCAUCUUCGACGAAUCUCUCGACCAACGCCGCCGCGUCGCCGCAAAACGCACAGCCGACGAACUCUCCUACCACCGCGACCUCCUAAACGACAUUUUCCAACUCGUCCGCGAAGCAGACGAAUCCAAAGCCCUCUCCCUUCUAGAAAUAAUCCGCCACAACGCCUCCCCGGACGAAAUCCGCACAUUCAUCAAUGAAACCCUUUCAACGCUGGAUACAACGUCCAGCGCGACCGCAGCCCAGGCUGCAUCCAAGUUAGAAGAUAUGCGGAAUCUGAUUAAUGUUGAAGGGACUACGCCCGCGUUUCGGAGUAAGGUUAUGGAUAUCCAUUAUCUUUGUGAUGAGGCACCGAUUAAUGUCCCUGCCCAGCCGUGGACGGAUGUUACGAGGGAUAGUGAUCUUGUUUCGCAUCUGUAUUUCUCGGAAUUCUCCGAGGCUUAUGUUGUCCCCGGGGAUAUCUCGUCCAAGGGAUGUGAUUUCCUUGCUGAGGCUGAGAGGUUGAAGGGUGAGUUGCCUAUGCAGCCGAGUCUGGCCUCGUUGCAGGGGACGCUGCUUUUGUAUGAAAGAUACUCCAUGUCCCGUACAGAUGAUCUGGGCUAUAUGAUGCUUCACGAAGCUAUUCGCAUGGGUGAAUCGCUUGGCCUCGUAGGAAAUACGGGGCCGAGAAUCACCUCGGAGCAAUUAUCAGAGGAGAUGGAUUCGUCAUGCAGACGCACAGCUUGGGGGUUAUUUAAUGUUGAUACAAUGGUUCAUACUGGCUUCCUCCGACCCAGUCUCAUCAACCAUGUCAAUAUGCCACGCAUCGACCGCGAUCACCUCGAAGACCAGUCUCUGUGGAUGCCUUAUCCUUCGCACCGAGAUACGAGACCGUCGUAUAUGAAUCUCUACUUUGACGAGAUGUGCAAUCUGUCCACGAUUUCCCGGGAUAUCUCGCGGAGUAUGUUUGCAGGUGAGCAGGGUGACUUGAAGCCGCUGCAACGACAGAGUCGCGAUGCAUUGUAUGAACGAUUGAGACGAUGGGAUGACCUCUUACCGGAAAUAUUUGACUGGGAAAAGGUGCCGCCGCAUGUUAUCCUGCUAAAGCUGCGGUAUAACGCCUUGAUCAUCAAUCUGUUCAGUUGUACCUCCGGCAACAGACGCUCAAGUACUACAACCGAAGGCCUCAAAACACCAGAAAGCCCUCCACGACAAACCCCCGAACCAGCAUCAAAGUACAACGCCUGGGAUAUCGCCCAAACAGCAGCUCGGAACAUCGCCUCACUCACCCGUCUCCACCGCCGCGAAUUCGGCGUUAGUCGAGCCCAUCAUUUCGCCAUGUACGCCAUCAACCUCGCCCUUUUCACAAUGCUAGAACAAGACUCUUUCGACGUCAUGGACCCGGAUUUCCUCUCCCUCGCAAGCGCAUUCUCUAUUGUUGCGAGUCACUCAGCACUAGGCAGGAAUUUAUUCCAUAUUUUCCGCCAGUCUGUGCGGGCUAAAGCACAGGGCAGUCGUAUUCGUGAUGCGACUUCUAUUCCGGAUGAGUUGAAGGAGUUAUUUGAUGAGGAGUCUUCGGCGAAGGGACAUAGUCGGUUUGAUGAGUAUGCGGAGGGGUUGGAGAAGCUUGAUCAGGAUGAGAAGUAUCAUGGGAUUACGGAGGGGGAUACACAGAGUCUUCAAGAGUAUCCUGGGUUGGGAUUGUCGGAUAUGUUGGAUCGGUAUGAGAGUUUGAGUUUGGGGAAGGAUGAGGUUUUUAAGGAGAGGAGGGGGAGUAGGAGGAGGACUGUAUCACGGUAG